UUAUACGCCUCGCCAUUCUCUCUCUCUCUAUAUCUUUCUCUCUCUAAAAACUGCCGCAAGGUGUCCGUGAAUUUGACCCGGGAGAAUUCGCCUCUCUGUUUUGUGGAAUUUGAUGGGAUCGUUCUCCGAUUCCUGACCCGUUCUAUCCUUUCUGGGACUUCUCUUCUUUUUGUCCCGGGAGGUUCCAGAAAUGGAUGAGGGGAAGAAGGCAGAGAGUCAUAUGGCAUCAGCUGCGGCAUUUGUAGAAGGGGGAAUUCAGGAUGCCUGUGAAGAUUCUUGUAGCAUAUGCCUUGAGGGUUUUUGCGAUAGCGAUCCUUCCACGGUCACAAGCUGCAAGCAUGAGUACCACCUUCAAUGCAUUCUCGAAUGGUGCCAAAGAAGCUCCAGUUGUCCGAUGUGCUUGCGAGAUAUCAGUCUGAAAGACCCUACAAGUCAAGAAUUGCUCGAGGCAGUAGAAAGGGAGAGAAAUUUCCGGUUCACUCCAAGGAACUCUACUAUAUUCCGCCACCCCACCCUCGGAGAUUUCGAAUUGCAGCAUUUACCUGUGGGAGUGAAUGAUGCUGAACUUGAGGACCGGAUUAUCCAACACCUGGCUGCUGCCGCUGCAAUGGGGCGGACUCGUGGCGGAGUUGCUCGUAGGGAAGGCUCAAGAACUCGUUCCUCUGCUCAUCCACGCCGCCAUCCUUACGGAUCUUCAACUGGCGGCAGAGAAGAAAUCGAACCAGCUGCAGCAUCUGAAAAUAAUCCAAGAUUUCAGCUUUCGUCUUUGAACGAUGAAACCACUCAACACAUGGCACCACCUUUCCAGAACAAUCAAAUUUCAGCUUCUUCAUCUAGAAACUAUGUGAAUCAGUCUUCCUUGCCAAAUCAAGACAGAGCAGGGCCUUCCGAAUUUCAGUCAUGGAAAUCCCGAAUCAAUUCUAUGUCGAUGAAAUACAAAGAGUCGAUCUCGAAGAGCACAAAAGAAUUGAAGGAGAAGCUGUUUUCUCGAAACUCUUCCAUGGCGGAUAUUGGUUCAGAAGUCAGGAGAGAGGUAAAUGCCGGAAUCGCCACCGUCUCUCGUAUGAUGGAACGCCUCGAAACUAGAGAUAACAAUAACAAUAACAAUAGAGAUGCUUCAGUGACUGAACGAAGCAACAGCAAUCAGCACACUCCGAAUGAUUCUGCUUCUUUGUCGGCAAGUUCGAUUCCGAGCUAACUUUUUUAAUGAAAUAUAUUUAAGAAACGGGAAUCCUUCCUCAGCAUUUCAUAUUUGAAGGUAGAUGUUUAUCUUCUGCAAAUAUGACAUGCUGAGGAUGAGAAUGUUACACACUGCUUCACCUAUUGACAGAGCUUUUAUUUGUUCUUUUAUCCCAAUAAGCGGACUUUUACUGGAAGAACAAUUUAAAAUAUAUUAUAUAUUUAUUAUAUUAGCUUGUAAACGCCAACAUGGAUUUUAACGGUUACUGCACUGACACGUCAGAUGGUAGAAGUUGACAUGGAUUAUAAUGCUUUCUUUUAUAUUUAUAAAAAAAAUGCAUGAAAACUGAUUUUUUUUGGGGGGUUUUUUGAAACUAAAAAUCUAUUAAAUACUAUUCAGAUUUUUUAUUUUUAUUUGGAAAGAAAAUUAGUUAAUUUUGGUUAGGUGGGAUGUGCGGUUGGUAUAACAUCUAUAGUUUUUCUUUUAUAUUG